UCUGGGGCCAUGUGUGGAGGAGCUGGCUUUGGCAGCAGGAGCCUCUAUGGUGUGGGGAGCUCCAAGAGGAUCUCCAUCGGAGGAGGCAGCUGUGGCAUUGGGGGAGGCUAUGGUAGCCAAAUUGGAGGAGGCUUUGGUUUUGGAGGAGGAGUCGGCAGUGGCUUUGGAUUUAGUGGUGGAGCUGGCUUUGGUGGUGGCUAUGGGGGAGCUGGAUUCCCUGUGUGUCCCCCUGGUGGUAUCCAAGAGGUCACCAUCAACCAGAGCCUCCUCACCCCUCUGAACCUGCAAAUCGACCCCACCAUCCAGAGGGUGAGGACUGAGGAGCGUGAGCAGAUCAAGACCCUCAACAACAAGUUUGCCUCCUUCAUCGACAAGGUGAGGUUCCUGGAGCAACAGAACAAGGUCCUGGACACCAAGUGGACCCUGCUGCAGGAGCAGGGCACCAAGACUGUGAGGCAGAACCUGGAGCCAUUGUUUGAGCAGUACAUCAGCAACCUCAGGAGGCAGCUGGACAGCAUCAUUGGGGACAGGGGCCGCCUGGACUCAGAGCUGAGGAGCAUGCAGGAUACAGUAGAGGACUACAAGAACAAAUACGAAGAUGAAAUCAACAAGCGCACAGCAGCAGAGAAUGAAUUCGUGACCCUGAAGAAGGAUGUAGAUGCUGCCUACAUGAAUAAGGUUGAACUGCAAGCCAAGACAGACAGUCUGACAGAUGAGAUCAACUUCCUGAGAGCUCUCUAUGAUGCAGAAGUGUCUCAGAUGCAAACUCACAUCUCAGAUACCUCUGUGGUCCUCUCCAUGGACAACAACCGUAGCCUGGACCUGGACAGCAUCAUUGCUGAGGUCAAGGCCCAAUACGAGGAGAUUGCUCAGAGGAGCCAGGCAGAGGCUGAGUCUUGGUACCAGACAAAAUAUGAGGAGCUGAAGGUCACAGGGCGCAGACACGGGGAUGACCUGCGCAACACCAAGCAGGAGAUCACCGAAUUGGACCGCAAGAUCCAGAGGCUGAGAACUGAGAUCAACAACGCCAAGGAGCAGUGUGCCAAACUGCAGGCUACAAUUCUUGAGGCUGAAUUGCGCAGGGAGAUGGCCCUCAAGGAUGCCAGGGGCAAGCUGCAGGGGCUAGAGGAUGCCACACAGAAGGCCAAACAGGACAAGGUCAGGAUGGUGAAGGGGUACCAGGAGCUCAUGAAUGUCAAAAUGUCCCUUGAUAUGGAGAUCGGCACCUACAGGAAGCUGCUGGAAGGAGAGGAGUGCAGGCUGAAUGGUGAAGGCGUUGGACCAGUCAACAUCUCUGUGGUGCAGUCCACCAUGUCCAGCGGCUAUGGCAGCUCAGGUGGUGCCAGCAGCAGCCUGGGCCUGGGAGGAGGCAGCAGCUACUCCUACAGCAGCAGCCAUGGCCUUGGAGGUGGCUUCAGUUCUGGCAGUGGCAGAGGCAUCAGCGGUGGCCUCAGCUCCUCUGGUGGCAGCUCCUCCACCAUCAAGUACAGCAGCACCUCCUCCAGCAGGAAGAGCUACAGGCACUGAAGUCCCUGCCCCCAGAGCUGGUCCCUGACCCCAGACCCCUGGCUGCAGAGCCCUGUGCUCAGGGGCUGUCCCUGCUGGCCUCCCACCUCUGCCCUCUCGUUAGGGCUGGGGAGCUGAGUCCUUGUUGCUCCUCUGUCUUUCCCGCUGGGUCGCCAUGACUCAUCUUCUGAUUGUCAUCCUCUGACUUCACAUCAUAGUUCAUUCACAUUUGGUGCUUCAAGUUGUAUUUAGGUUUCCAGGCUCCUGCCUCCCUGGCUCUGUCUCUGAUGCUGCUUGUGAAAUGGUGUCCUUGUCCCUUUCAUCCAUUCUGGAAACCAUUGUCUCGGUCCUACUCAAGAAAACCGGAGCUUUCCUUAAGUUUCCAGUGCCCUGAGAAAAGCCCAGCUUCAAUGUCACGAAGCUCUCUGGCAGUACCUGUGAUAGCCUAAGUCAACAGUCCUGUGAUGUAUGGAGUCUGUGCUUAUGUGACCUCUCCUCUGCUCUUUGCUUUCUUGAAAUUGCUAA